AUGCAUGGAGAAGGCAUGCCAAUUGUAAGAACAGAUGUGCUGCUGCUGCCUUUGUAUAAAGUUGCAUGCGUGUACCUUAUACUUUUUAAUGCUUAUAAUUGUCGUCAACAAGCUGAAUUAGAACUUCGCCCAAUUGGGCCAUCAGAAACUGUGGUUCCAACUUCAAACAAUUACCAAAGAGACCUAGGCUUAUCCAUAAGUAAGACUACAGGGAAAGAGAAAACAUAG